CGGCUGCACAAGCAGGACCAGCCAAGGAUCGAGCAGCUUUUGACAACUGUCAAGGCUGGUGGUCAAGUACCUUGCCGAAGUACCGGGUGGCUAGAUGGUUGACUUACCUAGUUCGCCUUGCCCGCCGGAUGCUAUUCGACGGCCCACCCCGACCUGGCACCCCGUAACAGCUCGGCAUUGGCGGCAACCCACUCCUCGGGUCCUCGGGGGCCCUUCCUGCCUUUGAGAUAAAGAGCCUCGCAUGAACCCACCACUUCGCACCCAGCUAUUGCUGUCACUACCACGCACCCCUCUCUUCAACACCCUCCCGCUCCCGUAGCUGGCCUGGCCUCUUCAACAAGGAAAGCCGCCAGUUUGGCUCCGUCGACACCACAGACCUAGAGCGCCAUGAUAACAGACCAGAUAGCACACGUUCUGAGCCAGCACUGGCUACCUAUUGUCCUCGCUGUCGUCCUUGCCUGGCUGGUAAGGAACCGGUAUCACAAUGGGCUCAACAAGUAUCCAGGCCCCUUCCUGGCGUCCCUGACGGACUGGUGGCGCUUCUUUGAUGUCUACGGCCGCCGGCCAGAGAGGUCACACAUCGCCCUCCACAGAAAGUACGGCCCUGUUGUCCGUCUCGGGCCCAACACGCUCUCGUUUGCCGACCCAGAAGCGCUCAGAACCAUCUACGGGCUGAACAAGGGCUUUAUCAAGUCCGACUUCUACGUUGUCCAGCAGUCCGUGGUUAAGGGCCACACGCUGCCGUCGCUCUUCAGCACGACCGACAACGACUUCCACAUGCAGUUCCGCCGCUGCGUCAACUCGGCCUUUGCCAUGUCGGCCCUCGUGCAGUACGAGCCCUUCGUCGACAACACGACCAAGCUGUUCCUGAAGCAGACGGAGCGGCUGUACAUCGACCAGCCGGGCCCCUGCGACUUCACCCGCUGGCUGCAGUUCUAUGCCUUUGAUGUCAUCGGCGAGAUCACCUACAGCAAGCGCCACGGCUUCAUCGAGAAGAACGAGGACGUCGACGGCAUCGUCGCCUAUCUCACCAAGCUCUUCCUCUACGUGGCUCCCAUCGGCCAAAUCCCCCUCCUAGACCGCCUCUUCCUUAAGAACCCAAUCUACCUCAAGCUCUCCGAAUGGGGCCUCCUGGACGCGACCUUCCCCGUCGCCAAGUUCGCGCGAGCCCGCAUGACGGAGCGCCUGCCGGAGAUCCUCGAGGACGGCGAGCCGGUGCUGCCCACGUCCGAAAAAGUGACGGUCAAAUCACCGGAUCUGCUGAGCAAGUUCCUCGCGGCGCGCGAGGCCCGCCCGGACUUCAUGACCGACACGCUGGUGCAGACCAUGGCGGUGAGCAUGGCGUUUGCGGGGUCCGAGACGACGGCCAUCUCGCUGUCGGCUGUGUUUUAUUAUCUGCUAAAAACCCCGCGUGCGCUAGAGAGGUUGACGAGGGAGAUUGAUGACGCCGCGCGGGAGGGCAGGUUUAGUGACUAUGAGACCGGGGUGGUUACCUGGCACGAGAGCCAGAGUCUGCCGUAUCUGGACUCGUGCGUCAAGGAGGCGUUUCGGCUGCAUCCUGCCCCGGGCUUGCCCAUGGAGAGGGUCGUGCCCAAAGGGGGGUUGGAAAUCGCGGGGAGGAGGAUCGAGGGCGGGACGAUUGUGGGGUGCUCGGCGUGGGUGUUGCAUCGGGACGAGAGGAUCUUUGGGGAGGAUGUUGAGGUGUAUAGGCCCGAGCGAUGGGAGGUCAAUGGGGAAGGGGAUGAGGCGAGGGUCAAAGCAAUGAAUGGCACCAUGCUGCAGUUUGGCAUGGGGAGCAGGACGUGCAUUGGGAAGAAUAUUAGCUUGCUGGAGAUUUAUAAGCUGGUGCCGACUAUGUUGCGGCGGUUCGAGAUCUCCUUUGACGACCCCAACUCGGAGUGGGAGAUUGUCAAUGCUUGGUUUGUCAAGCAGAACAAUUUCGUCACGCGGUUUAGGCUAAGGGAUCUUGUCAUGCCCGAGAAGGGCGUCAAGACGGCGGACAAGUGAAGGGAGGGGGAUGUGGUUGACUGUAUUUGCAUGUUGUCUCUGACUUAGAGGGCUUCGGUGUCAUGCCACCGAUGUGAGAAUCGGGAACUGAAACAGUCACACAUACCUCACUCCGGUCCAUCACGCUUUGCCCAGUGGGGAUUUCUCGGACGUCAUGGCGCUAUGGGGUCUGAACAGUAAUAGUUCAGGUCGAUGGGGUGGAGUGGUGUGUGCUUGAUGAUGGCCCCGUUCUCCCGCCCAUGACGGCAGUGUUCUUAUCCAACAUCAAGAAUGACCAUCAAAUGCUGCCACAAACUUGAGACAAUCCGUAGCUCGUCGGUUUCCAACUUCAGGCAUUUGCAGAUGUAGUAUC